AUGUCAGGGACAGAAUUCUAUACAUGUAAAGAAGGGGUGUUAGAGUAUCUUGGAAUGGUUCCACAAGGAACUGAAUGUAAUGGGAAAACACUUACUUUUACAGACUGUUCAAUGCAAGAAAAUCAAGUUGUAUUUUCUACAACAGAUGGAUCAGUUCUUUUCUUUGAAUAUUCAACAUUAGAUCAACAAGCAAUUAUUCCAUUGAUUCAAAAUGCUAUUGAAUCAAUUAAGUAUACACAAAACAAUGGUAUGUUAUAUGUUAUUGAUACAAAUGGUACUUUCUUUUCUAUUGAAAUUAAUAAAACAUUAUUUAAAAUAAAAAAGUGUUAUGCUAAAGAAGAUCUUCAUUCAUUUAUUCCAAUUUUUGAUUCUAAAAGAAUACAAUUAAUACCAACACUAAAUGGAUGUUUAUUAUUAAUUAAUGGUAAUGUAUUAGAGUACAUUAAAGAUAUUCCAUCAUUAUAUCUUUACACUAUUUCUGAUGCUCAACAUGCAUGUUCAAUUAAUGGUAAAACAUAUGUUUGUACAUUAAAUGGAUUAUAUGUAUUUACUCAAUGUGAUAAUGAAUCAAUUCAAUCAUUUAAAUUAACUUCUCCAACACCUGCAAUUAAAACAUUAAUACAACCACCUCAAGUUGUUAUAUUUACUUUAGAUUCAGUUCAUUUAACACAAUUACCAGUAGUUCAUUCUAGACAAACAAUAAAUGCUCACAAACAAUUACCAAUUAAUUAUAAAUUAUCAAGAAUGUCACAUGAAUAUACUUUAAUCAACUUAGUUUUUGGAUCAGGUAAAUCUUUGUAUGGUAUUGAUUCUAAUGGAAAUAUUUUUUAUUCUUCAAAUAUUAAUCAACAAGAAACAACAUUAUUUGGUAAAAUUAAUGUUUAUCAACCAGGGUAUGCUCUUUCUUAUAUUUUACCAAAUAAUUUAUAUGGGGUUUUUGGUAUGGGUGAAAGCCUUGAAGUUGCACACCUUGAAACACAUCAACACGUUACUACUGCCUAUCUUUCUUCUGAUAAAAAACCUGAUGAAUGUAUUACUUGUAUUGAUGGAAAUAAACUUGACCAAUCCAUUUUUGCUGUUGGAUUUUAUAAUGGAAUGGUCGCUACUAUUAAUACAGAAAAAGUAUUAUUUAAAACAUUGUAUAGCCAUUCUCAUAGAGUUGUAACAAUCAAAUACAUUGAAAAUACAAUUGCUUCAUUAGAUGAAGAUGGAAAUUUCAUUAUGGAAGAUAAUCAAGGUAAAAUAGCUAAUAGUCCUAUUAGUUUUGAUGUUUUUGGAAUGACGUUAUUAGUUGUAGAAACUAAUUCAGUACAACUCAUUAGUCUCAAUGAUUUAAGUGUUGUAGCAUCAUGGGAGAUUAAUUCCAAUAUUAUUGAUGCAAAGUUUUCAUGUGAUGGUAUGCAUGUUGUUGUUGUUUCCAAAGAACGAAUCGUUAUUUUAAAAAGUAAUGACUUGGGUGUCUUAAAUUACAUUUCAGUUAGUUCAAUGUUAUCUACUUUAAAAUUAAACGCUGAAGUUCAUUGCAUGACAAUCUCAAGAGAAGUGCCAUGCCAAUUUGCAAUGUCUCUAACUGGAGGAUAUUAUAUUCUAAUUGAACCAAAGAAUUAUAAAGAAUGGAAGUAUUAA